AUGCAGUUCUUCACCCGCAUUUUUACUCUUGCGGUGGCUGCGGCGCCACUUCUGUCUCAAGCAGCACCUCUCACUCCUCGCCAGAGUGGAGGGAAGUACAUUGUUCAGUUGAAGCCUAGCAUCGACAUUGCUUCAAUCGCUGUCCAUCACAACAACGUUCGCGAGAUCCAUGCCCGCAACCUUGCCGGCCGUCAAGAUGGUGGAGCCCCCGAGGGUAUUGAUCGUAAAUUCGACUUCGGCGAGUUCAAGGGCUACUCCGGAUCGUUCGACGCAGCGACGGUUGAGGAAUUGAAGAGUCUGCCAGAGGUUCUUCUCGUUGAAGAGGACUACAUCAUGACAACCAGUACUCUCAUCACCCAGUCCAACUCUACCUGGGGCCUUGGUAGCAUCUCAUCCCGAACUGAAGGUGCAACCAGCUACAUCUACGAUUCCACAGCGGGCCAGGGCACGUACUCCUACGUUAUCGACUCCGGAAUUCGCAUCACUCACAGCGACUUCGGCGAUCGAGCGACCUGGGGUUUCAACGCUGUCAACGACCUCGACACAGACAACCUAGGCCAUGGAACCCACGUCGCCGGCACAAUUGGCGGAACCACCUACGGCGUCGCCAAGCGCACCAACCUCAUCGCCGUCAAAGUCCUAGAAGGAAACGAAGGCUCCACUUCAGACGUCAUUUCCGGCCUCGAAUGGACCAUCAACGACAUCGUGACCAAGAACCGUCAAGAUUCCGCCGUCAUCAACAUAUCGCUCGGUGGCCCUGGAGCCGAAGUCUGGGACGCAGCCAUCACAUCUGCCUGGAACGCGGGCGUUCUGAUUGUCGUCGCCGCUGGGAACGACGGCCAACUGGCUUCCACCAAGUCGCCUGGCCGCUCCCCAGAGGCGCUCACCGUGGGGAACAUACAGCAGAAUGGCGCCCGCAAUCCGUUCAGUAACUUUGGGGAUGCUGUUGAUAUCUGGGCGGCUGGGACGGAUGUGGUGUCUGCUUACUACUCCUCGGACAGCGCUACUGCGACCUUAACGGGGACUUCUAUGGCUUCGCCGCAUGUUGCUGGGUUGGUGUCGUAUGUUCGUGGUCUUGAGGGGUUGUCGAGCGCGUCGGCGGUUAAGGCGAGAUUGGUGGAAUUGGCUACUCUGAAUCGUGUGACGGAUACUCAGGGCGCGGCGAAUCUGUUGGCGUACAAUGGGAAUGGUCGCUAGAGUUUGGUUACCCCAGUUCGGUAUGGGGGAGACGUACCUCAAGGAGGUGGAUUCUAGAUACACUGAGAAUGAUCGUGUGCAAGCUUUUCGUCAGG